AUGAGUUUGAACUUUCCUCAGACCGAGGAGGAGACUCUCCGCUACUGGAGGGAGAUCGAGGCUUUCCAGACACAGCUGCGGCUGACCGAGAGCUGUCCAAAAUUUACCUUCUACGAUGGACCUCCUUUUGCGACUGGACUGCCGCAUUAUGGCCAUUUACUGGCCUCGACUGUUAAAGACAUUAUCCCUCGCUACUGGUCGAUGAAAGGCCGACAUGUCAUUCGGCGGUUUGGAUGGGACACCCACGGUCUCCCGAUCGAAUAUGAGAUCGACAAGAAGCAUGGUAUCUCGGGACGGGAUGCUGUGAUGCAGAUGGGCAUUGAAAAAUACAAUGAAGAAUGCCGAGCGAUUGUCAUGAAAUACGCCUCCGAGUGGCGCCAAACAAUAGAGCGAUUAGGUCGAUGGAUCGACUUUGACAAUGACUACAAGACAAUGGACCCCAGUUUCAUGGAGUCUGUCUGGUGGGUGUUCAAGCAGCUGUAUGACCGGGGUCAAGUGUAUCGCUCCUACCAGAUCAUGCCAUAUUCAACAGCACUCUGCACCCCGCUGAGCAAUUUUGAAGCGGCGCAGAACUACAAGGAUGCUCAGGACCCUGCCAUUGUGGUUUCCUUCCCCAUCGUCGACCCUCCGGAUGCUGAUGCAAGCCUUCUCAUCUGGACAACAACUCCUUGGACUCUUCCCUCAAACAUUGCGAUUUCUGCGCAUCCUGAUUUCGAGUACAUCAAAAUCAGGGACGAGAAUUCUAACCAGAACUUUAUCCUCCUGGAAUCUGGGUUGUCGGUGCUGUACAAGGACCCGAAGAAAGCGAAGUUCAAAAUCCUUGACCGGUUCCGUGGUAAAGACAUGGAGGGCUGGAAGUAUCAACCGAUUUUCGACUACUUCGCCGAUAAGUUCCAGGAUUGUUUCCGUGUCAUCAAUGCCACAUAUGUUACCGCAGAUGACGGUGUGGGCCUCGUGCACAAUGCUCCUGCAUUUGGUCAAGAGGACUUUGAUGCUACAACUGAAGCUGGCAUGAUCAGCCAGACACGGCUACCGCCCAACCCUGUAGAUGAGAAGGGCUGCUUUACUUCCGAAGUCCCUGAUUUUGCGGGCUUGCAUGUUAAAGAUGCCGAGAAGCCCAUUUUGAAACAUCUGAAGGCAUCCGGACGUCUCAUUGUGGACAGUCAGAUUACCCACUCGGUAGGAUUCUGCUGGCGAUCUGAUACCCCACUGAUCCGAAAGGCCGUGUCGGCUUGGUUCGUUAAGGUUUCCGAGUCCAUCCCUCAGAUGCUGUCGAACAUUGAAGAUACAAACUGGGUUCCUUCCUUUGUGAAGGAGAAACGGUUUGCCAACUGGAUUUCAAACGCUAAGGACUGGAAUGUGUCCCGGAACCGGUACUGGGGUACACCGAUUCCUCUUUGGGUCAGUGAUGAUUACGAAGAGGUUGUGUGUGUUGGCAGCAUCGCCGAGCUCAAGGAGUUGAGUGGCUACGAGGGCGAUUUGACUGAUAUUCACCGAGACAAAGUUGACAAGAUAACAAUUCCUUCGAAGAAGGGCAAAGGAGUUCUCAGGAGAGUUGAAGAAGUGUUUGACUGCUGGUUUGAAUCCGGUAGUAUGCCUUACGCAUCACAGCAUUUCCCGUUCAAGAACCCUGAUUCCUUCCAUGGAUCAUUAUUCCCUGCCGAUUUCAUUUCGGAAGGGCUUGACCAGACACGUGGAUGGUUCUACACACUCUUAGUUCUGGGAACCAAGCUGUUUGGUGUGUCGCCGUUCAAGAACUGCAUAGUGAGCGGCAUCAUUCUCGCAGAGAACGGCAAGAAGAUGUCAAAACGACUGAAGAACUAUCCUGAUCCAUCAAAGAUCAUGGAUCUUUAUGGAUCGGAUGCAUUGCGCUUGUACCUGAUCAACUCUCCAGUGGUCCGUGCGGAGCCAUUACGCUUCAAGGAGGCUGAAGUGAAGGAAGUGGUGACCAAAGUCCUUCUGCCUCUUUGGAAUAGCUACAAGUUCUUUAGCGAGCAAGUUGCUCUGCUGAAGAAAACCGAAAACAUUAGCUUUACCUUUGACCCGACACUUCGCAUUGCUGAAGACGGGAAUGUUAUGGACCGAUGGAUCUUAGCGGAUUGUCAGAGUCUCCUUGCAUUCGUGGAGCAGGAGAUGGCCGCUAAUGAUGAUCGUAAAGCAUAUCGCUUGUAUACUGUGGUUCCACGUCUGUUACGCUUGAUCGACAACCUGACGAACUGGUACAUCCGCUUUAACCGAAAACGGCUCAAGGGUAUUGCAGGCCUGGGCCCCAAGCCUAUCCCCUUUAAGAGAGAGCUCUUUGACGAGAAUGUUGAGAGGAGGGUUGCAAGAAUGCAGAAAGUGAUUGACUUAGGGCGCGCUGCCAGAGAUAAGUGCGGUAUUGGACUCAAGACGCCACUACGUACCCUUGUGGUGAUUGCCGAUGCUUCCUACCUUGAAGAUGUCCAGUCGCUGGAGAGCUACGUCCGUGAAGAGCUGAAUGUGCGGAAUAUUAUCUUCACCUCUGACGAGGACAAGUACAAUGUCCGUCUCCAAGCAGCGGUGGAUUGGCCGACGCUUGGAAAGAAGCUCAAGAAGGAUGUGCAGAAAGUCCGGAAGGCACUGCCCAGCCUUACAAAUGACCAACUCCGACGGUUCUUGCAGGAGAAGACCAUCACUAUUGAUGGAAUCGAGCUCGGUGAGAGCGAUCUCACCGUCAACCGAGCCUUGGGGGACGUCAAAGGCACCGCGGGCGAGAAGUGGGAAGCUAGUUCCGACAAUGAGACCAUUGUCUUGCUAGAUUCGACUCUUUACCCUGAAUUGAUGGAUCAGGGUCUUGCUCGUGAAUUGAUCAACCGCGUCCAGCGACUACGGAAGAAGGCCGGGCUGGUGCCUACGGACGAUGUCAGAAUGGAAUACCGCAUUCUGAACAACGAGGCGAACGUGGACAUCAAGGGCGCGAUACAGCAGAAUGACGAAUUGAUCCGGAACGCCAUUCGCGGUGAUCUCACAGAGUCCGAGGCCGCGACCGCUGAUGAGCAGAAACUCAUCAUGGAGGAGACGCAAGAAGUCAACAAUGUGACGUUGCUUCUUCGACUUCUCAGAUUCUAA